AGUAUAGAGAGAUGGAUGAGAGCCUUGCAAACCUGUCAGAAGAUGAGUAUUACUCUGAAGAAGAGAGAAAUGCUAAAGCAGAGAAAGAGAAAAAACUCCCACCACCACCUCCACCGGCUCCUGCAGAAGAAGAGAACGAAAGCGAGCCGGAGGAGCCGUCUGGGCAAGCAGGAGGACUUCAAGACGACAGUUCUGGAGGGUAUGGAGACGGCCAAGCAUCAGGUGUGGAGGGUGCAGCUUUCCAGAGUAGACUUCCACAUGACCGUAUGACAUCUCAAGAAGCUGCCUGCUUCCCUGAUAUAAUCAGUGGGCCACAGCAGACUCAGAAGGUGUUUCUGUACAUCAGGAACCGCACCCUGCAGCUCUGGCUGGAUAACCCAAAGGUUCAGUUGACGUUCGAGGCAACUAUCCAACAAUUAGAAGCACCUUAUAAUAGUGAUACGGUGCUCGUUCACAGAGUACACAGCUAUCUGGAGCGGCAUGGUCUAAUCAACUUUGGUAUCUACAAGAGGGUGAAGCCCCUUCCAACCAAGAAGACGGGAAAGGUGAUCAUCAUCGGUUCUGGAGUCUCUGGGUUGGCAGCAGCUCGCCAGUUGCAGAGUUUUGGAAUGGAUGUCACAGUUCUGGAAGCCAGGGACCGAGUAGGAGGAAGAGUUGCUACCUUUCGCAAAGGGAACUACGUUGCUGAUCUAGGAGCAAUGGUGGUGACGGGACUUGGAGGAAAUCCCAUGGCUGUGGUCAGCAAACAAGUGAAUAUGGAAUUGGCUAAGAUCAAACAAAAAUGCCCACUUUAUGAAGCAAAUGGACAAGCUGUUCCAAAAGAGAAAGAUGAAAUGGUGGAGCAAGAGUUUAAUCGUCUGCUGGAAGCCACCUCCUAUCUCAGUCAUCAGCUGGAUUUUAAUGUUCUCAAUAAUAAGCCUGUCUCCCUAGGUCAGGCUCUGGAGGUUGUCAUACAAUUGCAGGAGAAGCAUGUAAAGGAUGAGCAGAUUGAACACUGGAAAAAAAUUGUGAAAACACAGGAGGAAUUGAAAGAUCUUCUUAACAAGAUGGUGAAUUUAAAAGAGAAGAUUAAAGAACUUCAUCAGCAGUAUAAGGAAGCAUCAGAAGUGAAGCCACCUCGGGAUAUUACUGCAGAGUUCCUUGUGAAAAGCAAACACAGAGAUCUGACUGCACUUUGCAAGGAGUAUGAUGAAUUGGCAGAAACACAAGGAAAACUGGAAGAGAAGUUACAAGAACUUGAAGCCAAUCCACCAAGUGAUGUUUAUCUGUCAUCAAGAGACAGGCAAAUACUCGACUGGCAUUUUGCAAACCUAGAAUUCGCUAAUGCUACGCCCCUAUCUACGCUUUCACUGAAGCACUGGGACCAGGAUGAUGACUUUGAAUUCACAGGCAGUCACUUGACUGUGAGGAAUGGAUACUCCUGCGUGCCUGUAGCCUUGGCAGAAGGGCUGGAUAUUAAAUUAAACACAGCAGUGCGCCAGGUUCGCUAUACAGCAUCAGGCUGUGAAGUGAUAGCUGUAAAUACCCGGUCUACUAGCCAGACUUUCAUUUACAAAUGUGACGCUGUGCUGUGCACUCUUCCCUUGGGAGUGCUGAAGCAGCAGCCUCCAGCCGUGCAGUUUGUGCCCCCUCUUCCCGAGUGGAAGACGUCUGCAGUGCAGCGUAUGGGAUUUGGCAACCUCAACAAGGUUGUGUUGUGUUUUGACCGUGUCUUCUGGGAUCCAAGCGUCAAUUUGUUUGGCCAUGUUGGUAGCACCACUGCAAGCAGAGGAGAACUUUUCCUGUUUUGGAACCUGUACAAAGCACCAAUUUUGUUGGCGUUGGUAGCAGGAGAGGCAGCGGGAAUCAUGGAAAAUAUCAGUGAUGAUGUCAUUGUUGGACGAUGCCUUGCCAUCCUCAAAGGCAUAUUUGGUAGCAGCGCUGUGCCGCAGCCUAAAGAGACUGUGGUGUCCCGCUGGCGUGCUGACCCCUGGGCCCGGGGAUCAUACUCCUAUGUAGCAGCUGGAUCUUCUGGAAAUGACUACGAUUUGAUGGCUCAGCCAAUUACUCCAGGACCAGCCAUUCCAGGUGCUCCUCAGCCUAUUCCUCGCCUGUUUUUUGCGGGAGAACACACGAUUCGCAACUACCCUGCAACUGUUCAUGGUGCUCUGCUGAGUGGACUGAGAGAAGCUGGUCGCAUUGCCGACCAGUUCCUGGGAGCCAUGUACACUUUGCCUCGCCAGCCGACACCUGGGGUCCCUCCCCAGCAAGCUGCCAGUAUGUAG